AUGGAUAAGUUACAUGGAGCUGCGUGUGUCAUUGGUAAAUCUGGUGAGGGUCCCUACAAACCAGGAUAUUUGCCCCCUAUAGAGGAAGGUGCAGAAGUGCAGCAAGAAGAUCUCCCAACCAGUGACAAUCCCGCAAGAUCGGGGACAGGCAUGAAAAAACCAUGUGAGACACAUCUCUAUUCUAACAAAAUGAGGUUUCCAGGAUGCGGAAACAUUGUAACAUUUGCACAGUUUUUGUUCAUAGCUGUAGAAGGCUUCAUCUUCCAAGCAAACUUUGGGAGAAAAAAGUCGGCGAUUCCUAUGAGGUAUUACAUCAUUAUGGUAACCAUGUUUUUUACAGUGAGUGUGGUGAAUAAUUAUGCUCUCAACCUGAACAUCUCCAUGCCACUGCACAUGAUAUUCAGAUCGGGUUCUUUAAUAGCAAACAUGGUGCUUGGAAUUAUUAUGUUGCAAAAGAGGUACAGCACCUCCAAGUACUUGUCUAUCGCCCUAGUGUCUGUGGGGAUCUUUAUUUGCACAUUGAUGUCUGCAAAACAAGUGGCAUCUCACCAGGCGUCUAACGAAGAUGACGGCUUUACAGCAUUCCUUUGGUGGCUCUUAGGAAUCGCGGCACUGACCUUUGCCCUUCUGAUGUCGGCCAGAAUGGGAAUCUUCCAGGAAACAUUGUACAAGGAGUAUGGAAAACACUCAAAGGAGGCUUUAUUCUAUAAUCAUGCUCUACCGCUGCCUGGGUUCCUGCUCCUGGCCCCUGACAUUUAUAAUCACGCUGUUAAAUUCACCGAGAGCGAGCCAUUUGAGGUUCCUGUACUGGGAAUACAGAUGCCAGUCAUGUGGUUUUAUCUGCUGAUGAAUGUUAUCACUCAAUACGUGUGCAUUCGAGGUGUGUUCAUACUCACUACAGAGUGCCCGUCCCUCACUGUCACCCUGGUGGUUACUCUGCGCAAAUUCCUCAGCCUCAUCUUCUCCAUUCUAUACUUCCAUAACCCGUUCACUGCCUGGCACUGGGUUGGCACCUUGUUUGUCUUCAUUGGAACUCUGCUAUACACAGAGGUGUGGAACAGCUUGUCACCAGCUCCCAGCAAGAAGGAAGCAAAGAAGGACUAGGUCUAUGUAUGGUUCUGUAAAGGACGGCUCCUGAAGACUGGGAUCCUAGGGCAUUCUAAAGCCUGGUACAGGGCAGAGUACCACGUGCCGAUCACCAUUGUUACUCCGUCUGUAGCUUCAUGUGAGCUUGAUACUCCCUGGUUUGUAAUAGCCUAUUUCUGUAGGCUUAUAAUGCUGUGACAAUAUGAAGUACUGUAUAGGUUAUGUUACCAUUGUACCAAGUAUCUGUGUCAGGAUAUGCCGGAAUACCACAAUCUCCCCACAAUAUCUGCAUGAAUUUAAUACAGGAACGUAUACAAGUGCUUUUUUAUUUAUUUUAAUUUUAAAAAAAUAUAUAAAAACUUUCUAGAUAUUAAAGGGACAUUUCUGCACAAACUGUUUGCUAAGCUAAUAAUAAACAAGAUUGGAACAGAGUUUUGUGUUCUGGUCUUGGGAUGUUUUAAGGGCAAGGUUAUGGCCCCUGAAUAGUUUGCACUUAAAAGUCCCUUUUAGUUUUUUUUUUUUCUCUUCAUUUACAAUUCAAUGAGAUGUGAGACUGCUCCAGUUAUUUACUUGUAUAGAAAAUAAAGAGGGAUCCCCUAUAAAGCUGAUCCUGUAAGUUUAGGAUAUACUUGGUGUCCUGUGAUGCUGAUAAAAUGUACAUCACAAAUAAGCUGCAGAGCCUUUGUAAAGUGUUGCUAAUUCCAGGUUGAACUGAUUAUUUCACAGUGAUUUUCAGGUUGUUUUUUAUUUUGGACCCUAGAAUAUUUAUAAAAUGCUCUAUAGUUUGCAGCUUUAUACUGAGCUUGUCCCAGGGUUCAAUGUAAGUAACCAGGGGAAAUAGUUUCUUGAUUUUAACCUGUUUAUAAUAUCUUAUACUUGUUCCUAUUUUUUAUUGGCUAGUGUGUUUGUAGUCCAACCCCCAAGGGGUUUAUUUUAACUAGACAUGAAGAGUAGUAUGACAGGUAGAUAAUGGCGAUCAAAUAAAAUCCUCAGGGACACAACUGUAAGCGCA